GUUGAGAAUAGUGUGGCAGGUUGAAGAUUGUAACAGGGUUGAGAAUAGUGUGGCGGGGUUGAAGAUUGUAACAGGGUUGAGAAUAGUGUGCCAGGUUGAAGAUUGUAAUGGGGUUGAGAAUAGUGUGGUGGGUUUGAAGACGGCAACAGGGUUGAGAAUAGUGUGACGGGUUGAAGACUGUAACAGAGUUGAAUGGACACAUUAGCUUUCACUUGUUUUGAUGGAUUUCCUCUGAAGCGCUGUAUUUUACUUUAGGCAAUCAUGUAAUAAGUCAGAUUUAUAUUUUGUUUAGGUAAGCUGAUUCACUCAAUGGUGGCUCAUCUGGAUGCUGUGACCAGUCUCGCCGUGGAUCCAAACGGACUCUAUCUGAUGUCUGGCAGUCACGACUGCUCCGUGCGUCUCUGGAACAUGGAGAGCAAGACGUGUAUUCAGGAGUUCACUGCUCACAGGAAGAAGUUCGAGGAGUCCAUCAAUGACGUGGCAUUUCACCCCACCAAGUGCUACAUCGGCAGCGCGGGAUCAGACGCCCUCGCCAAAGUGUUCGUAUGACCUUUGACCUCUGACCAAAACUGCUUUCACAGAGUCGUAAGAGGGGAGUGAGGCUUGGACCCUGAGCAGUAAACGGGAUGGUGAAUGAGGGGUGCGAUGUGGGUUUGAGGUUAUGCAGGAAUGAAUGAUGGUGUCUUGAGGAAGUAGAAUAAUCUCGUCUACGCUCUCCGACACCCCUACGCUCCCUUCAUGAACCCCCAACUGCGUCUGACUCAUCCGGGCAGGCCUGGGUGCACCACAGAGGGGUGUUCCUGCCCCGCCGAAAACGUUCAGAUGGCAGUUUCUGCAGUAAGGUGCUCUUUAGGGUUCCUCCAUCAAACAUCUGUGACACGCCUCUCCACUGACUGCCGGCCUCUCUUCAGCCUCACAGGACGUUGAGCGCUUCCCCACUUCUCUCGAUUUCCUUGCGUGAGCGUUCAUUUGACCCGUGCGAUGUUUGAUCCUCUGGUUUGGUUUUACAUUUUCUCCUUUUAAAAACACGUGCCUUUUGCUUCAAACACAGUCUUAAGAUUGUCUUUUCUUUGCUCUCACACUGUAUUCAAAGAGGGAACUAAAACAGCGUAGCGUCUUUCAUGUUUAUAAGUUACCAAAUGCAUCCGAUUAUUCUAACAUCAGACUUAUUUAGAUCUGAAUCCGUUCAGUGAUUUUAACACCGAAUGUAAAAGUCACUUCUCUUGUACGGCGUUUACAUGAUGUGACACUGGAGCGACAGUCAAUAUCGCAAUAUCAAUGAAAGAACAUCUUACUAAACCUUUUACCUGGAAUCAAAAGAAAUUCGGUACAUUUGAAAGAAAAUGAAGCCUGUUUUUUCUCCACUGUGUUUUUAAAUUCUGACAUCAUCUUCAUGACAGUUUUGCACAUCAUCACUAUGUUUGUUUGGUAAUUCCUUUAGAUUCCUUAGUCAUUGUAUAACAUUCAUCAACAUUUUUACAUUAAUUAAAAAAAUAAUUUGCAGAGUGAAAGCAGUACAGUAUAACAAAUACUACCAGAAUAUCUCAUCUUUUUAGGAUUAACAGAUUUUUUGAGGGUCGUGCUAAACUGUCGCUGAAAACAAUGUCACAGUACAGAAAUUCGAAAUGGUUUAACAAUAGGCUUUGUUUGAUUUAUUUAUGUUAUAAAUCAUUUCCUUUGAUUUUCUGGUAAAAUAUCUGUCAUGUGACACACUCCGACCAGUUAAACUUUAUGACGUGUGUUCUGUUGGAUUAAUAUUGAAGCUUGUUUUCAAUGUUUUAUGGUCAAAUAUGAGCUCGUAUCAGAGCAGAUCUCGCACCGUCACGUCUGUUUUGACUUGUUUUUUUAAACAUGGACAUUUGUGAUGCGUGUCGUACCAAAAAACUGGAGAAUUGUAAUCAUUUGACUAUUUCAGAGCAGAUUCUACACUCGGAAGUCUUACAUUAGAGCUUCAGUGUGUUUUUGACAGGCUGAACUCUGUACAAUGAUUCAACAUUUAUGUUGGUCGGACGUUUAAAUCUGUCGUGAUGUUUAUUUAUUUUUGUUUGCCUUUAAAGCCAAAUGAACUAGAAUUUAGAGUUGAACUUGAGUAAGACUUGACCUGCACACUUAAUAUAAUGAUGUAAUGUUCUGCUUUAGUUCUUACAUCAUCAGGUGUGUGUGAAUCACCUGAUGUCUUCUGCUCAUGACUUUCUCCUGCAUCACUGGUGGUUUAUGUUUAGAUGAGAUUAUUUAAAAAUAUAUAUAUUUUAUAUAUAAUUGUUUGGAAGUAGUGAUAUUUUUCUCAUUGUGUGAUUGCUGAGCGAGGUUACAGAUAGGUCGUGACUCGAGUUUAAAGCAGGAAGAGGUUUUAUUUUAAUUCUUGUCUUAUAUGAAUUCGUCUGUGAUUACUUGAAAUAUCUGCGCGUGUGUGUGUGUGUGUGUGUGCGUGUGCGUGUGCGUGUGCGUGUGUGUGUGUGUGAGAGAGUGUUUUCAUUCUAAUCUGGAAUCGUUUUGCCUUUAACAGAUAACAUGAGCACUACAGAACAAGUGUUUGUGUUUCCUUCAGGUCCUGUGACGCAAGGGAAUCAUGACUUUACCAAAUGAUUUUAAAGAGAGAGAGAGUUCACUUGUCAUCAUGUACUCGCCCUCGUUCUUAAGCCAGUGUUCAUUUCUUACUGCAACCGAGCACAAAGCAGAUUUAGCAGGACAUGUUUUAAUCAUGCAAGUGAAUGAUUUUCUCCGCAGAUUCACUGUAAUGAAUCAAAUUUAAGUGAAUCUGUGUGAUGAUUCAUACGCUUCAUUCGCACUCAUGUUGAGCCAUACUUUAACUUUAUGAUUUCUAGCCGAAUGAAUGUUGGAUUCUGAACAAUGAGGAUGAGUAAAUGAUGUUCAUUUUUGUUUGAACUGUCUCUUUAAAUUUGGUUAAAGCUCGUGCACAGGGAGCUGGGUGGGACGUUGGCGUGCGUGAGCGAGCGUUUGUUGUUUUUCGUACUGGUAAAUAUAUUUUCCGAUUUCGUUCAAUUUGGUGCGUAUUAAUUUUAGAGAUAUAAGAUAUGUAUAGUUUUAAAGUAUUGGUCAACAACCUAUUUAUGAACAGAAUACAGUGUAUAUUAACCUGCAAAGCUAACAGUGACGAUUAACCAAUGUUUGUGAUCUUAGUUGUGCAGGAGAGUGUAGUUUAGCGCCACCUGCUGGUCAGAGAUGGGAACUGUGUCACGGACUCGAUGAUUUGAUUACUGAUCGAUUGACACGCUUCAAUAAAAACUCACACAAACAAAGUGAGAAGUGUAUAUUUGAAGAGAAUUUGAGUCUGUUUUCACAUUAGUGCGUCAUCUUGACCUGAAAGUCGUAUGGCAUGCAGUCACUUCAAAUGUGAUUGGACGAAUGUUAUUAUGAUGUCAUAACGGGAUAUUUGCAGUCUGGAUAUUGCCUGUAUAGAGCUGUCACUGAACUUUUAACCUUUCGGCUGUAUAGAGAGUUUGGAAAGAUUGUGUGAAUAAAUGCUAUAUUCCUCUUGUACAUAUUUUUAUUAUUGAUAUUACAGUUUAUUCUUGAUUUCUUGUUGUAUUCUUUCCCCCCAGAUGGACAUUUAUCAAUAUAAUACAAUAAUAAAGAAUAUGUUGUAUUUCACA